AAUGAGCAAAUCUCCAAUAACUGAACAACCUUCUAAUAAUCCUCCACCACCUUAUCAAGCAGGAGGAUAUUCUAAUUCAGCUUAUAAUACUCAAUAUAAUUCUGGAUAUGGUGGAAAUGCCGUUCAGAUGCAACCUGUGCAAGGAAGUUACCAACCUACCCAGGCCAGUGGAGCAGAAAUGUUGGCCAAUUUACAAAAGAUACACGUUCAUCAAGAAGUACAUCUAAUUGAAGAAUCUGAAUGUUGCGAGAGACAAUGCUGUGGUCCUAUUCGUGCGAUGACAAUGAACAUUUCAACUGUAACAACUGCAGGAGAAGUUCCUCUGAUAUUCUUGAAUCGACCACGAAAUUGUCAAGGAUGCUGUUGCCCAUGUUGCCUACAAGUGAUGGAAAUACAAUUUCCAAUUGGGAAACUGGCGGCAACGAUUAAAGAAGUGUGGACUUGCUGUAUUCCAAAAUACGAGAUUUACGAUGCAAAUGGUUCCCUACUAUUUCAAAUUGUUGGAGAUUGCUGCGUGUGUAAGUGUUGUACAGAUGUUCAUUUCAAAAUCCUGAAAGGAGACAUGGAAAUCGGAGAUAUUCAAAAACAUUGGGGAGGAUUUAGAGAAGUAUGCGGAAAAGCAAAUGAUUUUUCAAUUAUUUUUAACGACAAAUCGGAAUCCGUAACAAACAAAGCUAUUCUACUUGGAGCAACCUUCCUAAUAGAUUUUAAUUACUUUGAGCACAAUGAUUAA